UGUUACGAAGAAGGCCUCGAGCAAAUAUCAAAUGACGAUGUGGAGAUGGUAGACGUGACGGAUUAUAUUAUGGAUACGGAGAUUGUAAUUCGUGAUGAAGGAGAAGAAGACGGAAAUCCGGAGAACCGCGCUCCAACAAAUGGCGUGGAAUAA